CUGGUGAUGUUCGUUAUGGCAGUGAGUGUACUGGUAUAUUGUAUACGGUUACUUAGAAAAUCUCCAAAGAUGAAAUUGUUGGUAUGUUUGGCGGCAUUGUGGUCAUGUACUCUGGCAGUACCAAUGGAGCUAUUGACCCAGGCUCGACACCUCAACACUGAUGUAGAUAUGGGCAAGCCGAUGGAACAUAUCUUUUCUUCAUAUAAAAAAAUUCACAACAAGAAGUAUGAGGAUGAAAAUGAGGAGGCAAUGAGACAUGAAAUUUUUAAAGUGAAUGUCAACCAUAUCAGAGCUCAUAAUUUGCUGUAUGCCAAGGGAGAGAAAUCUUACUAUCUUGGAGUUAACCAGUUCUCAGACUUGACACAUCAAGAGUUUCUGAAGCUGUACACUGGUCAUAUCCUCCGUGCUAAAGAGUCAAAAAGUAACGGUUCCACUUACCUGACACCAUUUAACAUUCUGCUGCCGGAAAAGGUUGACUGGAGAACCGAAGGUCUGGUGACUGAAGUCAAAAAUCAGGGACAGUGUGGAUCUUGUUGGUCUUUCAGUGCUACUGGUUCCCUGGAAGGACAGAAUGCCAAGAAGACUGGAAAGUUGAUCUCUCUCAGUGAGCAACAGCUUGUCGACUGUUCUGGAAAAUAUGGUAACCAAGGAUGCAACGGCGGGCUUAUGGAUCAAGCUUUCGAAUACAUAAGGGCUGUUGGUGGCAUUGAGGAUGAGGAGGACUACCCAUAUGUUGCUGAGGAGGAAGAAAAAUGCAAAUUCAGUAAGUCAUUGGAAAAAGCUGAAGUAACAGGAUACAAAGAUCUCCCACAAGGAGAUGAGAGCGCUCUGCAAUCUGCUGUUGCAACAGUCGGUCCCAUUUCAGUCGCCAUAGAUGCCAGUCAUCCAUCAUUCCAGAGUUAUGCUGGAGGUGUAUAUGAUGAGCCGGAGUGCAGCAGUUCUCAGCUAGAUCAUGGCGUGUUGGCUGUUGGUUAUGGAACUGAUUACUGGCUGGUGAAGAACAGCUGGGGUACCAUGUGGGGAGAAGAAGGCUAUAUCAAAAUGACCAGAAACAAGGACAAUCAAUGCGGCAUUGCCACCCAAGCAUCAUACCCACUUGUUUAAGUUGUGACAGCUGAAUUAGCAGUGGAGCUGUGGAUCUCUUCCAUAUAUUUCAUGGAUUUUCCUGGAUUUACACAUAUAUUUUUGUGAUAUUCAAAUGCUGAAAAAAAUCUCAGAGGAAAACUACAGCUGAACUUACACAGUGUUUAUACAAUAAGUCAUGUUCUUGUGACUUGCAUAACUGAAAAUUAACUAUGGAAUCUGUACUUACUGAAUUUGAUUUAGACAAAAAUGAAGGAAUCAGUCAAUUGUAGGAACUGAAAAUACUCCAUGAAGUAAUUUUUUCAGAUAUAUAUUGUGAUAGCUGCUGAUGAAAAACAGUUUCUCAAUGUUAAAAACUCAACACCAAAACCUGUGAUAAUAAUAUACAGUUCUUCUUUCAUUCUUGCUGGCUUGUGUAGAUGUUACAAACUAAUACAUAAAACUUAUCACUUAAAAACAGAUUUCCAUAUUUAUCAUUGGAAAUGAGGCACUUCUUUCAUUCCAAUUUAUAGUGAAAUGAUAAUAUAUUGUUGACUUAAGUGUUUUAUUUUAUGCAAUGUGUCUUUUCUCAUUUUUCCUGUCUGUGUAAUAUUACAUGAAUAAAGGCACUUAAAAUGUGUUACCAUAAGACUGGUAUCUGUAAUUGCAUUACAAUGUUAAGCUUAAAGCUGACCUUGAAAUAUCUGCUUUUGGUUGAAAUUAAAUUCUUGAUCUAUAUUUGAAAUUGUCAUUAAGCUUAAAGCUGUCCUUAAAGCAUUUACUUUAAAUUAACUUAAAAGGUUUAUUUAUAUAUUUUCAAAUUUAUUUGGAAAAGUUAAAACAAAUACUUUGCUAUUUGUGCACUAAUGUGAUAUACGUGUAGAGUAAAAUAUUAAAUGGCUUGAGUGUAUGACUAGUAAAGAAAGGAUGAGCAUUAUUAUGACUGUAAAAUAUAAUGUUGUUAUUUUUGUGUUUAUAUUUGUUUGCAUCGACUUAUUAAAUUCACUUCAUGCAAAAAAUCUGGUAUUGAUAAAAGCAAUAGAGUACUUAGUUUUUUUUAAACUUAGCCUUUUUUUUGUUGUUGAAAGCUUAGCCAGUUGACUUCAGGUAAAAAUGUUUCAAGUAACAAAUGCUAAAAAUACACCCAGACUUUGAGGCUAAGCUGGAUAAACUGCUUUAUGAACUACGCCAAAUUUUUUGUUGAGUCUUUUCCUUUCUUUUGUCCUAGCUGGCUACAAAAAAUAUUUAUAUAUGCAGUGUUAUUGAAUGACCAGUUUUUUGUAACUUUUGAGUUAUUCGGUUGUUAUAUUAAUUUUGCUAUUAAUGCUGAAUUUGAGUUCCUCAGUCAGUAGAGGUUGUAUUGUAGCUAGAUACCUAUUGGGUUUGUAAUGGAAUAAGUGAGAGUUAUUAGCAAGCUGUGUGAAGAAACAUUAAUGUGAAAGUGAAUAUUGAAUGAAGUUUUAUAUGAUGUUAUAUUUGAUAUUCUCAAUAAAAACACAAUUUUCUAAUUCAAAA